AUGUCUACUGUUAUUGGUAUUAACUUUGGUAACUCUGCCUCAUCUAUUGCGGUCGCUACUGCUGACGGGAAAGCCGACAUUAUCGCUAACCAAGAUGGUGAACGUUCCAUCCCAACUGCCUUGGCUUAUGCUGGCGAAGACGAAUACUAUGGUGGUCAAGCCCUUGCCCAAUUGUUGAGAAACCCAACCAAUACUAUUAUUGGAUUCAGAGACUACUUGGGUGUUCCUUUUGAAAAGAUCGACCCAACCUCUGCCGGUAACGGUGCCAAACCUUUCAACUUGGACGGAAAAGUUGGUUACAAGAUCAAGAGAUCCGAGGAUAAAGAAGAAAUCCUCACCAUCGACGAAGUCGUUUCCAGACACUUGACUCAAUUGAAGCUUUCCGCUGAAGACUUCAUUGGUUCUUCCAUAGAUGGUGUUGUCAUUGGUAUUCCAACUAACUUUAAUGAAGAACAACAAAAAGCUUUGGUAGCAGCCUCUGAAAAAGCUGGCAUGAAGGUCCUUCAAUUGAUCAAGGAACCAUCUGCUGCUUUGCUUGCUUAUACCACUAACGUCAACGAAUUGGCCAAGGACAAAUUGUACGUUGUUGCUGACUUUGGUGGUCUUAGAUCAGACGCCGCCGUCAUUGCCGUCAGAAGUGGUAUCAUGACCAUUUUGGAAACUGCCCACGACUACGAAUUGGGUGGUGCUAAGAUCGAUAGUGCUUUGGCUGAAUAUUUCGCCAAGGAAUUCGAAAAGAAAUUCAAGUCUAACCCAAGAAACAACCACAAAUCUAUCACUAAAUUGCAAGCUGCUACCAUCACCACCAAGAAAACUUUGUCUAACGUCACCACCGCCACCAUUUCUAUCGACUCUUUGAACGAUGGUUACGACUUCCACUCUACUAUCAAUAGAAUGCGUUUCGACCUCGCUGCCAGAAGUGUCGCCUCUCAAAUGACCACCUUUGUCGAAAACAUUGUCAAGAAGGCCGGUUACGAUACUUUAGACAUUGACGAAAUCUUGUUGGUCGGUGGUACUUCCUUCGUUCCAAAGAUUGCUGCCAACUUGGAAGCCGUUUUCCCAGAAUCUGUCAAAAUUAUUUCUCCAGCCACUCCAAAGGCUAUUGAUCCAGUCGAUUUGAUUGCCAGAGGUGCUGCUUUGCAAGCUUCUAUGAUUGAAUCAUUCGACGAAGCCGAAGUGAAGGAAGCUUUGCAACCAGUUAUCGUUAACACCCCACAUUUGACCAAGGCAUUGGGUAUUCUUGAUGCCGAAGGUAAAUUUGUUCAAAUUUUGAGAUCCGAAGCUGCCACCCCAGUCAGACGUUCAAUUAAGGUUGCUGCUCCAAAGGGCGAUGCCUUGAUCUCCAUUUACGAAGCUGAAAGAGACAUUAAGGAAACCACUGUCGAACAAGCUCCAAAGGAAGAAAAAGAAGAAGAUGACGAAGAAUCAGACUGGUCUGAUGAUGAAGAUGACGAACCGGAAAUUAUUAGAGAAAAGAUUUUCGUUCCAAAGGCCAAGAUUGCCGACUUGGUAGUGAAGGAUGUGAGCGAAGGUGCUACCAUUGAAAUUACCAUUGAUAUCAACAAGAAUAACGAAUUACAAGUUUUUGCUAGAGAAGACAAACCAGAUGCCACUGUCACUAAAGUGAAAAUCUAA